AUGGGGGAGGCUGCCAGCCCCGCGCCCGCGCCCGCGCCCGCGCUCUGGGACUGGGACUACCUGGACCGCUGCUUCGCCCGCCACCGCGUCUGCAUCUCCUUCGGCCUGUGGAUCUGCGCCUCCUCCUGCUGGAUCGCCGCCCACACGCUGCUUCUCUAUCUGAGAUGUGCAAAGAGAUCCAGACAGGACCAGUCAGCGCUGUGUGCUGCGUGCUGCCUCCUGACCAGCCUGUGUGACACCAUCGGGGCCAUUCUGGCCAGACAGCUCACGAUCCAGGUAUUCACAGGUGCCUACCUAGCAGCUGUUGACUUGGUGAACUUUGUCUUCAUCCUUUUCCCCAUCUGUGGCUGCAGACUGAAGUCUCACCUGGGUCGGGGCUCCCGGGAGAGGAAGAGGGGGCGGCGGCUCAGGGCCAGUGUAUUUGCUCUGGCCCUGCCGCUGAGCCUGGGGCCAGGCUGGGCGCUCUGGGCCGCCGUCCCAAAGGCUUCAGGCCCCAUCCGAGGGCCCCAGCGGAGGCUGCUGGAAAGCCUGCUGCAGGACAAUACUGAGAUCCUCGGCUACCUGCUGGGUGGCAUCGCUGCCUUUGGCUCCUGGGCUUCCCGGAUCCCCCCGCUCUCCAGAAUCUGCCAGGGUAAGGCGUUUCCCUCCAUCCACCUGUGGACCCGGCUCCUGUCAGCUCUGGCUGGCCUCCUCUAUGCCUCGGCCAUUGUGGCCCAUGACCGGCGGCCUGAGUACCUGCUUCGGGCCACGCCCUGGUUCCUGACUUCCCUGGGCCGAGCUGCACUGGACCUGUCUAUCAUAUUCCUCUCCUGGGUGAUGAAGAGCAAGAUGAGACGGACCUUGGGAUUUGCCCCUGAAGCCAGAGAGAGCCCUGACACCCAAGCCCUCUUGACCUGCGUGGAGAAAGAGGAAGAAAGCCAGGAGAAUUCGGAUUGGGUGCCUCUCACUACACUACCACCCUGCAAAUCACUCAGGACAAUGGCAGCCAUCAGUCGCUACUUGGAGCUGACCAUCGAGCCGGUGCAGCAGGCAAGCUGCAGCACCACCAGGCUGCCCGGCGAUGGACAGAUGAGCCCUGGAGACACCACACUGCAGGAGCCCCCCUCGUACCCUCCCGUUCAGGUCAUCCGGGCCCGUGUGUCUUCCAGCAGCUCCUGCGAGGUCUCCUCCAUCAACUCGGACCUCGAGAAGUAUUGGGAAGCCCUAAACUCGGAGCAGUGGGACCCUGAAGACGUAAACCUUGAAGGGAACAAAGACAACAUGGAGAUGCUCAGAUCCCAGGUGCAUAGGAGCUCCAUGGGCCCAGUGGCCCUGAUAUCUGAUGAGGAACACCUCAGAGCCCCCAGUCAAGCGUUUGUCAGGAACUGAGCAGGGAUCAUCCUGCAGUGACACCCAUGGCAGGAAUCACAGCUUCCGCAGAGGCGGCGCAUGAAAGUGAGGAACCAGGUGCUGUCACUGAGCUUGGCUGCUCUGCAUCGUGGCUCAGAAUGGAGCGAAGACUCAGUCCCGUAGACAGACCUGGACAUGCACAGUUUGUUCUGAUCAGAAGUUCCCAGACCACUCUCGCUUUGAAGUAGAAAACUUCAUCUAAAGGACAUUGGGCCCUCUCUUCCUUUUCCCUUCAGAUUCAACCAUACCCUGAAUAUCUGCUAGGUGCCAGGAAGGAGUUCAUCUAACAAGUAGCUCAUGUGUUUGGGUCUCCAUAGAGCCCCAUUCUGCAAGACCUGGCUAAGCCCAGGAGAUGAGACCGGUGGGCCCAUAUGCCGGAGAUAUAGGACAUGGCCACUGGUACUCAUGGGACCUGGCUCCUGUCCUCCCAGUCAGCCACUUGAGUUUUCUGCUAGAAGUUGAAGGUGGGACUGCUUGGUCAACCAGAAGUUUGUGAGAUCACAGGUGUGGAAAGGGCAAGAAAAGUUAAUUGCUCUAGGUACCAGGACUUGCUCCAACCCGCCAGGGUAUGUGCUGGGCAGGGUUUGCAGGUGAGGGGGACGGUCUGCUUCAGGAGCUAACAUGAAAGCAGGCAGAGGGUAAGAGGCACCGUGGGAGGUGUUAAAUUCAAGCACAGCCAUCUCAUUUUAGGAUUAUUUUGAUACUGUGAUCACGGGAAAGGGGAAGGGUGGAGGGACACUGGAGUGAAUAAAUCAUGAUCGAGUUGAAGCAUCUCACUGUGGAGCACAGAGAUGUCUGAAUCCCAGCACAGCCACC